UGGUGCAGAAGGUGGUCACGCGAGAAGCAGACAAAUGGUGUAACGAAUUUUAACCUUAACAUUAUCGUAAUUUUCUUAGGAUGAAUUCUUCACUACUAUUCCAAAAGCUUUCAACGCUGCUAAUGCCACCAAACAAUAUGGAAAGAAAACCACACUUAUCAGAUAGGCUGAAGAGCGACUGGCUGUAACACUGAGGUAUUUAGCUACAGAUGGCCGGUUGGUCGGGAUGGCUGCUGCUCGCCCUUGUCGCACAAGCGCUGGGCAGGGCGCACACCGCCAGGAUCCUGGGCGUGUAUCCCAUGCCCAGCAGAAGCCACCAUACAGUGAUAAACUCACUGCUCAAGGAGUUGGCUGCGAGGGGCCACGAGGUCACUGUCAUAUCCAGCUUCCCUCCGGAGAAGCCACUCGCCAACUACACGCACGUCGACAUUGACUUCGACUUGAAGAAGUUGCUCGGGAAAACAAAUCCAUUUGAUUUUGGAAAGAUGAACUCUUUUUCAAAUAUGUUACUAAUUUUUGAUACGGGAGAGGUAAUUUCCAAACAAACGUUUGAAAAUGAGAAAGUACAAGAAAUAAUAAAAUCAAAGAAGUACCAGUAUGAUGUUGUCAUAUUAGAAGAUUUCGGCAAUGAAGCAUUAGCUGGAAUAGCUCAUGUAUUUAAUGCACCACUAAUUUACAUCAAUUCUGCUGUUGGUUUUGUUUGGACGAAUGACUUAAUUGGGAAUCCCGGCUGCUACGCAUACAUUCCAAACGUAUUUUCGAGCUAUACUGAUCACAUGACAUUCACAGAGAGAGUACACAACACUCUCCAAUAUCUGAUCUCAGAACUGUAUUAUCAUCUAAUUUUUAUUCCUAAACAAGAUUCUUUGAUGAGAAAAUAUUUGCAAGAAAUUGUUGACCUGCCUCACCUAUCUGAAAUAAAUGCAAAAACAUCUCUCGUCCUUACGAAUGCAUUGCCAGGCAUAAAUUACCCACAGCCUGUGUUACCAAAUCUCAUUCAAGUUGGAGGAAUUCAUAUUUCGCCUCCAAAACAGCUGCCACAGGACCUACAAGCAUUUCUGGACAACGCCAGCGAAGGUGUGAUAUACUUCAGCAUGGGGUCUAUUCUUAAGAGUGCAGAUUUUCCUAAACACAUACAAGAAUCCUUCUUAAAGGCAUUUGGUAAACUGAAGCAGAAAGUUCUAUGGAAAUUUGAGGUCAGCAAUUUGCCAGGGCAGCCAAGUAAUGUUGUCAUUAAAACUUGGUUUCCACAAAAUGAUAUUUUAGCUCACCCUAACACGAAGCUCUUCAUCACUCACGGUGGUCUCCUAAGCAAUCAGGAAGCUGUGUAUCAUGGAAAGACUCUGUUGGGAAUUCCCAUUCUUGGAGACCAAAGACUCAAUAUGAGGAACACUGAAAGGCUGGGUUAUGGUCUCAUUCUGGAGAUGUCCAACAUUACGGAUACAUCCGUGGAAUGGGCUCUAAAUGAAGCUCUGAAUAAUCCACGCUAUGCGCAAAGAGCGAAAAUUGUUUCAAGAAUAUUCCGGGAUCAACCUCAGACUUCGAAGGACAAAGCUGUGUUUUGGACAGAAUAUGUUAUUAGGCACAAAGGGGCAUCACACCUGCGUUCGGCUGCCUUAGACCUCGCGUGGUACCAGUACCUGCUUCUGGAUGUCGUAGCUGUCAUUUUGCUUGUUAUUUUCACAUUUAUUUCUAUUGUUAUAUUUUCAUGCAGAAAACUGUUUGGUAGUAAAAGGAGUAAGCCUGUAAGUCUUAAGAAGAAAAUUAAGUGAUAAAGACUUCAAACUGUAGUCUUAUAACAGUCUUUGUUUUACUUUUGAAAUUUUUGAACUGUUAUCUUAAUAUAAGUUAAAUUUAUCAUAACAGAACUAUAAAAUAAUAAAGAUCAAACGAAGAAGAGA